UUAGCAAUUCAAAAAAAUAUAUUCCCUCUUUGGCUCUAGCGCUCCCAUUUCUAUCAUCGCACUUAUUUUUUUCUUUCUCAGAAACCCCUUUAUCCUUUUUCUCUUAUUAUCAUCAAAGAUCCAUUCAAUUUUGAAAUCAAAUUCAGAUUCAAAAUCAAAUUUUAGCUUGGAUUUGUACUGUUGGGGUUCAUUGAAAAGAGUGAAAAAAAUGGAUCUUGAAGUGAAUGAGUUUAGUCUCAUUGAUUUCUCAUCGGAAAAUGACAAUCUUAUCGGAAAUUCAUCUUCUCCUCUCCCUUCUUGGGGUCUUGAAGAAUACCCAUCUUCAGGAGCUAUUAAUAUUCAAGAGGAAAUGGACAUGGCUGGUAAAGGUAACCAUGACGAGCAGUUCCCUCAGCUGCAUGAGUCAAAGGAACCUGAGAAGGCCAGAAGAAAAGGAAAGGUCAAUUUACGCAAAAGUUUAGCUUGGGAUAGUGCUUUCUUUACAGAUGCAGGUGUGCUUGAUGCCGAUGAGUUGUCCUGCAUGAUUAAGGGAGGUGAUAAACAAACUUUACCUAUGAUUGAGGAGGAUGUGCGACAAUCACUUGAUUCAAUCUCCACGUUGGAAAGUGAUAAUUUGACACUAGAACAUAUUGAAUCGGAGUUAUUUGGAGAUAUAAGAGCCUCAAUCCAGAAGGUGGCCAUUCCAACUAGUGGGGAUUUAUCUGCAAAGACCGAUAAUGGAGCUAAUUCUUCUGCAAAGAAAGUGGAUCUUGCUUCAAAAGAUAGGAUGAAGCCAAAAAUUUCUCCAAAAAGAAUCAUUGGAGCACAAGCUGGGAUACCAAAAAGUCAGCCAAAGCAAAUUACAGGAACACAAAGAUUGGGUAAAGGGUUGAACCAGGAUAAGGCACAAGUCACACAGUCUAUCAGUAGAACGACAAGUGGAGCAUCGUUAAAGCCUCCAAAAGUUAACACAAAGUUGCAACCUGUUUCUGCAUCCAAAAGGGCUUCUUUGGAUAUCACACGAGUCAAAACAGAUAAUGACAGCAUGGAAAUCAGUACAGCUUCUGUUAGAGGGGCUCAGACACCAAAAGCAUCUGCCUUAAAUAAAACUAGUAGGGUGAUGCCCAAACCUACUACGUCGAUGAAGCCAUCUUCUGUGGGAUCUUCACCUGCAAUGAAAAUGCAUGCAACAAGAUCUUCAAGUGAUAGUUCUGGAAGUACUUCAUCUGACAAGACAGCUAAGUCUUCAAUUCCUGUAGCGAGGAGAAAGGUUGAUAGCAAACCUAUUGCUCAACCUUCUGCAAGUGCAAAACUCAAAACCCCUUCAAAAGCCGCGGUGAAGAGUAAACUACCAUCUGGGAAUUCUGCUGUCUCAGCUUAUCUGAUGUCUUCUAAGAUCAACGCAAAUAUAUCGCCUGCUAGUUCUAUUAGUGAGUGGUCUUCUGUAUCAUCAUCAUCUUCUGCGAUCCAAAGGUCAAGCAAGUUAAGGACUAGCUUUGACACCAGCUCCUGCAGAUCUUUUGAUAGUGACACCUCAACUUUGGAUAUAAACAAUCAUUUAAGUGAUCAGAAGUCAGAUAAGCCCGAAAUUAGGGGAACAACUUUACCUAGAGAGAGUUUAAAGCAAGCAGGCUCAGUUUCUCGUCCAGCCUCCAUGAUGAAACCAACAGGAUUGCGCAUGCCAUCCCCGAAGAUGGGUUACUUUGAUGGGGUGAAGGCAGUCCGGACUCCUAAUGGUACUCAUUCCAAUUCGUCUACUGCACUGUACAAGACUGAAGCUACCAUCUGUAGCCCAAAAGUAAACUCAAACACUAAAGCUAAGAGUGUAAAAGUUCCACUUAGGGCAAACAGAAAGCCUGAAACUCUGAAACACCUCUCUCCUUUAUCUUCUUCAGACAAGUCAAAUAUUUCAGAUAAUCACUCUGGCACUCAAUCCAGUUCAGCUAGUCCAGUGCCCAAAACUGAAACUAUCGUCUGUAGCCCAAAAGGAAACUCAAACACGAAAGCUAAGAGUGUAAGAGUUCCUCUUAGGGCAAAUAAAAGGCCUGAAACUCUGAAACACCGCUCUCCUGUAUCUUCUUCAGACAAGUCAAAUGUUUCAGAUAAUCACAUUGGUGGUCCAAGUGAUAUUACUCUUAUUCCUGAGUUAUCUCUUGAAGUUCAACAUGCAAUAAGUGGAGCAAAUACUUCGAAAAAUAUGGAUGUUCUGGCUGAAGAACCUGAUCCAUUUGAACACAUCCGAAGUGCUGGUUGGGUUGCAACUCAGGGUGAAAACCAAGGCAUAGCAAGUGCUUUGAACAAUGAGGAAGAUAUGGCUGAAGGACCUGAUACAGUUGAACAUGUUGCAGAUGCUAGUUUGAUUUCAAGUAUGAGUGAAAACCAAGGAAUAGCAAGUAUAUUGAACAAUGAGGAAGUUGUGGCCGAAGGACCUGAUACAGUUGACCAUGUUGCAGAUGCUAGUUUGGUUGCAGCUAUAUUGAAAAAUGAGGAAGUUGUAGCCAAAGGAUCUGAUACAGUUGACCAUGUUGCAGAUGCUAGUUUGGUUGCAGCUAUAUUGAAAAAUGAGGAAGUUGUAGCCAAAGGAUCUGAUACAGUUGACCAUGUUGCAGAUGCUAGUUUGGUUGCAGCUAUAUUGAAAAAUGAGGAAGUUGUAGCCAAAGGAUCUGAUACAGUUGACCAUGUUGCAGAUGCUAGUUUGGUUGCAGCUAUAUUGAAAAAUGAGGAAGUUGUAGCCAAAGGAUCUGAUACAGUUGACCAUGUUGCAGAUGCUAGUUUGGUUGCAGCUAUAUUGAAAAAUGAGGAAGUUGUAGCCAAAGGAUCUGAUACAGUUGAGCAUGUUGCAGAUGCUAGUUUGGUUGCAGCUAUAUUGAACAAUGAGGAAGUUGUAGCCAAAGGAUCUGAUACAGUUGAGCAUGUUGCAGAUGCUAGUUUGGUUGCGGCUAUAUUGAACAAUGAGGAAGUUGUGGCUGAAGGACCUGAUACAGUUGAACAUGUUGCAGAUGACGGUUUGGUUGCAAUUAAGAGUGAACAGCAAGUCAUUGUUAACAAUGAUAUUCACGAGGAAGUUGUGGCCGAUGAACCUGACACAGUUGAACACGUUGCAUGUGAUGGUUUGGUUGCAAUUAAGACCGAAAAUGAAGUCACUGUGAACAAUGAUACAAAUGUGAUUAACAGUGAACACCAAAGAAUAGAGGAAGUUGUGGCUGAUGAACCUGACACAGUUGAACACGUCGCAGGUGAUGGUUUAUUUGCAAUUAAGAGUGAAAAUCAAGUCAUUGUGAAUAAUGAUACAGAUGUGAUUAUGAGUGAACACCAAAGAAUAGAGGAAGUUGUGGCUGAUGAGCCCGACACAGUUGAACAUGUUGCAGGUGAUGGUUUUGUUGUAAUGAAGAGUGAAAACCAAGUCAGUUUGAACAAUGAUACAGUUAUCAUUAAGAGCGAAAGCCAAAGAGUAGCAAGUACUUUGAACAAUAAGGACUUUGUGGCUGAAGGACCUGAUACAGUUGAAGAUGUUCCAGGUGAUGGUUUGGUUGCAAUUGAGAGUGAAAAUCAUAGUGUUUUGAACAAUGAUAUCCUUGCUGGUUUGGCUGCAACUAAGGGUCAAAAACAAGGUGUUAUGGAGCAUGAAAUGAACUUGGAUACUAUUGAGAAGAUUGACAUCAAGGCUGUUGAGGUUUCUAUUACUGAAAACAUUAGACUCUGUCAAACAGAGGAUGAAGAUGGAGUAGGUGUUCAGUGCAAUGUUAAUUAUAAUUUGGACGUGCCUAGCCAGACGAAUGAGAUGAACCUGGAGGAUGCUGUAAAUGGUUAUAAUUUGGACAUGCCUCGCCAGAUGAAUGAGAUGAACCUGGAGGAUGAUGUAAAUGGUGACCUCAAACAUACCAAGAUUGAUCAUGUUGAGAGAGAAUCUGACUCAACUUUCAGGGGUGAUGAAGGUAGAGUAGAUGUCAAGGAUGAUUUGAAUACUCCUGAGAAAACAAAUGCAAAGAAAAAUGUGUGCGCAAAUCAAGCGGACCAACUAAACAGUCUGGUAGAAGAAGUCAGUAUGUCCCCAUUUAGCAAUAAGGUUGAAUCUCUAAUGAACAAAUUGGCCUAUUUGUCACUAAAUACCCCUGAGAUAGCAGUUAGAAGGAUGCCUUUUGCUGUCAAGAAUUCUUCCGGUGAUUGUCUUGAUUUUUGUGAAGGAGCUGAACAUGUAGUUGGGAAGACUGAUUUAGAUUUGCCUUCUUUGCAAAUCAAUCAUAAAGAGAACAACAAUUUAUGAGGAUAGCCAAGCAUGCUUCAUUGCGAGAUAUGGUUAAGCUUCAAGAACAAGGCUAGUUUCCGGGGGUGGCAAAAGCAUCACGUUUGUAUAGCACACAUGAUGAAGGCUUAAGUGAUGCAUGAUUUUUUUUUUCUUUUCGUGUUGAGCUAAGAUCAAGGUUUUUGAGAACAUGUCUGUGCAAGUACUGAUUUAUGUAUUACAUGAAUGUAAAAACCUUGAAUGUCUUUCAAUGUAGGAUUCACAGUCAAAACCUCACUAGAUGCAAGAAAAUUUCUAUCAGUAAGUACAUUUUUUCCUACCCUCAUUGGAGAUGUCUGAUAAAUGCAUCUAUUUUGAAUUA